CAUCUCCCCCUAGCUGUGGGGAAAGUGAAAUGCAGUAAGAAGCCAGUCGGUUGCUGUGUUGUGUCGGCUUCACAUUUGCCUGUAUCACGGAUUUGAUAGUCUGGCGCUUGGUCUAGCCAUCGACAGACUUCUUCUGGAAUCUGUAAAGAUGAACGGCAAUGCCAACAAGAGGGCGCCGACCACAGCAACACAGAGACUGAAGCAGGAUUACCUCAGAAUAAAGAAAGACCCUGUGCCUUAUAUCUGUGCGGAACCUCUGCCCUCCAACAUUCUGGAAUGGCAUUAUGUAGUUCGAGGUCCUGAGAAAACACCAUAUGAAGGUGGCUAUUACCAUGGCAAAUUAAUAUUCCCACGGGAAUUCCCCUUCAAGCCUCCCAGCAUCUACAUGAUCACACCGAAUGGGAGGUUCAAGUGCAACACACGGUUAUGCCUCUCCAUUACUGACUUUCACCCGGAUACCUGGAACCCUGCGUGGUCCGUGUCCACCAUUUUGACUGGACUGCUGAGCUUCAUGGUGGAGAAAGGGCCCACUCUGGGCAGCAUCGAGACGUCAGACUACACGAAACGACAGCUCUCUGCCCAAAGUCUGGCAUUCAACUUGAAGGACAAAGUGUUUUGUGAAUUGUUUCCAACAGUGGUUGAGGAGAUCAAGCAGAAACAGAAGGCUCUGGAGGAGCUGAACUCGCGACCCCAGGCUCUGCCUCUUCCCGACGUCGUACCCAACGGCGACGGGCAUCACGCCCACUACGGGGCUCCCGUUCUGAACGGCCACGCUCCGCUGGCACCCGGGGCGGCCGCGGCCCCGGCCCCCGGUCUCCAGGCCAACCGUAACCAUGGACUACUGGGCGGAGCGCUGGCCAACCUGUUUGUGAUUGUGGGCUUCGCUGCGUUCGCGUACACGGUGAAGUACGUGCUGCGGAGCAUAGCCCAGGAAUGAGUGGCGAGGGGGAGAGGCAGCCACGCGGACGCCGCUGGAAAAGACAUGAGACUGGACAGUGGGCUCCCAUUCCCCCGAACCACAUGCACAAAGACGGCACACCUGCUGCCCCGCCCAAACCAUGGAGGGGAUGGGAGGGGAGAGGGUGAGGGUGAAGGUGAGGGGGUAGGGUAGGUUAGGUUGGCAGGGACGAGGUGUGGCCCCUUCUGUGAUUGGCCGGGCUCUGCGGAGAAGCAGGCGCACUCAGGCAAUGGCUCAUGGGUAGGAGUUGAAGGCCUGGUGACAGGGCUCCCACUGAAAAACACACACACACACACACACACACACAAACACACACACCUGCAUAUUUCCCCAUCCUCACUCUUCUGUUUGGUUCUGCUCCAGAUGGAUCAUGUUCACAUUGUCAGGCCUUCUCUGUUUUGAGUUCUGUAAAACAGACAACUUCUGUUGACCUGGUGAAAUUAAACACCUGUCCUCGAAUAAUCAAAAUCAGAAAGCCUUACUUAAGGAGCUAAAAGGAUCUAUGAGCAGUCUUUGCAAAAGUCUUAAGAUUCACUGGGUAUUUAAUCUUUUAUAUAUCUUAUUAAACAUACUGUACAGCUUUCUAAAAUAUGCAUCAAAAGCAGAAUUCUGCUUAAUGAAAAGUAUACUUUACCCACGCAUCUGUUGGUCCAAAUGACUCUCGACAUUGAGUUAAUGGCACAGUGCUCUUGGAAAACUCGCUGAAUGAACACAUUCACAUCUGACAACUGGUCAGAACAACUUGUCCACACAGGAAGUUCCAUUCAUUUCCUUUAUAAUAGAAUAGAGGAGAAUGUCUUUUUGGCCAGAGAUUUCAAUAUUGACCAUUGGGAUUACAAAUUGGUGAAUAAAGUACCUCAACAUAUAUAAAAAUAGUACAACAAAACACAACAACCAAGAACUGAACACACAAUCUUAGCAUGAAGCUUGUAAACCACCAAGCGGAACAUAUGUGUUUUGUAAUAUUCCUUCAUUUGAAAUCAAAGGAACAUUUGUAUACUUUUGUAAAUUGCAGUUGCAACUCUGUUUACAAAUUAAGCGUAGAAGUGAGUGUGCUUUUAAAGCAAAUUACGUUACGGUUUCAAACAGUCAUGUUCGAUCAGCCUUCCAGCGAGUGUGUACUAAGGAUUUCAAAGUGACCCCACAGCUGACAUGGUCUUUGUGGGCAUGUCAAACCACACCAGACUGACUACUCUUACCGUACCCUCUGUUUCUGUGCACAUACUACUCACGCUAGCUUGUUUCUGUCAUAAUCCAGUUUCAUGAAUUACAUUGCAAUAUCAAAUGGCUCAAAGAGAUGUGAGAAAUGUACCUAUUUCAGUGACCUACUACUGCUAUGUGUUGCAUUGGCAAUGAGUAAGGUUUUGGAUUCACCCAGCAAUCGUUCUGUUCUGUUUUAUCUUGUUCCCAUCACUGACUUGUGUUGGUAAACAUUAACAGAUGUUUAUUGUGCUCACAAUCAACACCCCCUCCAUUGCAACACACAGAAAUGCAGCACAUGCUACAUAAGAACAUAACACAUAUUUUUAAUUUGACAAAAGAGUUGUUGUUGGUGGUGGGGGGUGGGGGUAUCCUCUCCUCUCCCCCCUGUCCUGAGAUCGGUGGCCAGAGGAGAUUUCCGAGUGGCCCUGGCUAUCAGCCUGCCUUCUACCCAUGAGCCUGUCAGCCCGGUGUGUCCUUGGCAGGGGAUUAGUGACCAAUAUAAUUAAAUCUCCAAUUGGCUUAACUGACUGUGCUCCAUAGAAGCUCUGAGUAUGACUCACUUUGGGAUCCUACAGUGUAUUUUCUUCUUGUUCAUUUUGUAUUAUAAUGGAUAUUAGUUAACUUUUAUUUAUGAUUUAUCUUAAUAUGCUGUAUUGUAAAUGCUGAACAUUUUAUUGUACUGUAUUUUUUUCUUGAAAACAGUGAAAAAGAUAUUUUCCUUUAAACAUCCAAGCACGAUGAAGAUUUUAAUUAUGAUUGAAUCAAUGACAUACAGCUAACACCCAAAUUCCACCAACAUUUGUGUGAAUUUGCAAAAUGUCUGUUUUCAUAGUCAUUUUAAAUAAAAUAUCCUCUUUGCAGGA